AUGUCUGUCGGGAGAGAUGAUCAGAGACAGCAGGCCUGGGGUUCGCCAGGUGAUGUCUCCCCCAUCGACUCGUCCCAAUCGCAGCGCCUCAGUCAACUCUCCCCCGUGUCAGCGAAUGACUCGGAAGUCCGCCAUUUCCACCCGACUUCUCACCCGGACAGUGACUAUGACCGCUUGAGAAGCCAACGGUUUUCAGUGACGGCCAGCGACGAAAUCCCGCCUGUCCCUCCGCCGCAUGCCGAGCAAUCAGCUCCGAAUCUGGCUCACUCCAACUCGAUCCGGUCCAACGACACUGUCACCCCCGGUGUUGACAAUCUCGGACCUUCUGCCGCCGGUGGAGGGAUCGGUGGCAUCGCUCUGGGCGUCGCCAAUCGCAACGACCGCGAGAGCGAACUGGAGGCCAUGAGGAGCAUCGACGAAGGGGACACCGACCGGUUUUCCGGCUCUCCCGAGCGAGGCCUCAACGCCCCAGCGGAUGGCGUGCGAGCCCGCGACUCCUACAAUUCGAGUACUGCCCUGGGACCUGCGGCCGCCGCGGCGGGACAAGCGACGCCAGCGCAGAGGACGCCCAAUCUGCUGCCCUCCAAUCCCUCCCAGCAGAGUCUGGGAGAUCAAUUUCCUCAUCAUGGUUAUUACUCUGGUGGCGGCCUGUAUGAUGGGCCGUACCAGGGCUAUGGCUCGCGAACGGACCCCGGAUCGAUCAAUCCGGAUGAGAUCGCCGACGACGGCGACGAUGGCUUUGUGCCUGCUCCCCGGAGAUCGGCGCUGAGUCUGGGCAAGAAAUCCGGCAGUGACACUGGUUCUGCGGCCGCAGGAGGCGCUGCGGCUGGCGGUGUGCUGGGAGCCAUCGGCGGCAUCUUUAAUCGGCACGGUAACAAGGCCGGUGCAGCGUCCGGUCCUUCUUACGAUCCCGUUCCGGGAUCAGGGCUAGAAUCCUCCAGGGCAGAGAAGGACGCGUUGCUGCUUCAUGAAGCUCGAAAGAGGCGGAAGAGAUGGUUUUUGACCAUGCUGAUCGGGUUUGCCAUCAUUGCGGUCAUCGUUGGGGCGAUCGUAGGCGGAAUCUUGGGCAGUCGGAGAGACAGCGGCGAAGGCUCCGAGUCCGCCAACACCAGCACCGCUUCGGAGGACGAGAAUUCCAAUGGUGAUCUGAGCAAGGAUUCUCCCGAAAUCAAGGCGCUGAUGAAUAAUCCGAAUCUGCACCGGGUCUUUCCCGGGAUGGACUACACGCCGUGGGGGGUCCAAUAUCCGUUGUGUCUCCAGUACCCUCCCGAUCAGAACAAUGUCACCCGGGACAUGGCCGUGCUCUCCCAGCUGACCAACACCGUGCGGCUCUACGGCACUGACUGCAAUCAGACGGAGAUGGUGCUGCAUGCCAUUGACCGCUUGGGGCUGACCGACAUGAAGGUGUGGCUCGGAGUGUGGAUCGACACCAACACGACGACCAACGAUCGGCAGUUGCAACAGCUGUACAAGGUGAUCGAUGAGACAAAGGACAAGUCCAUCUUCCAGGGGGCGAUCAUCGGCAACGAAGCGCUGUACCGGGCGGGCCCCGACAUCCAGACGGCCGAGAAGAACCUGAUCGCGUAUAUGGAGAGCGUCCGGAGCAACUUCACACAAAGGAACUGGAACAUCCCCGUGGCGACGUCGGAUCUAGGUGACAAUUGGAAUUCUGAGCUGGUCCAGGCGUCUGAUUUCGUCAUGGCCAACGUCCACCCUUUCUUUGGCGGGGUUCCGGUCGACCAGGCUGCCAGUUGGACGUGGUCCUUUUUCCAGGAGCACGACGUAUCGCUGACCAAGGGGACCAACAAGAAGUCGAUCAUCUCCGAAGUGGGCUGGCCGAGCGGUGGGGGGAAUGAUUGCGGCAGCAAUCAGAAUUGCCCGAACAGCCAGGCCGGAUCGGUGGCAGGAAUCGACCAGAUGAACAAGUUCAUGUCGGACUGGGUGUGCCAGGCUCUGAGCAAUGGCACUAAAUAUUUUUGGUUUGAGGCAUUUGAUGAGCCGUGGAAGGUCAUCUACAACACUCCUGGGAAGGCCUGGGAAGACAAAUGGGGGCUGAUGGAUGCUGGGCGCAACCUCAAGCCGGGGUUGAAGAUACCCGACUGCAACGGGGCGAAAGUGAGCUAA